UUCAGAUUGAGCAUUGAGUUCAGUUCUCUUGUAGCAGCAGCGUUGACUGACUGACUUACUUUCGGGGGAUGGCUUCGUCAAUGGCUGGCAAUGGCACCAACAACAACGGAGUGCCAGCGUCCAACAGCGCGCCAUUAGCAAGCACACCCGCUGCAGCCCCAACGACGACGGCUGCAACGACGGGUGCAACGACGACGACGACGACGACGACGGCUGCAAUGGCAGCUGCGACGACAAUGGAAGCCCAGCCAAAGCAACAACCCGCUACUGCCACUGCCACUGCCACUGCCACUGCAGCCACUGCAGAUACGAGCAACACUGCAGCAUUAGCAGCACCACCAGCAGCAGCUAGCACGAAGGACGCAGAUGGCGAGACAAGCGACAACGACAUUCUGGAGACGAGUCCAAACGGGCGCUGGCAAAAGCUGCGCAAGAAGGUGAUGCUGAAAGAAUCAACAGGCAUCGAUGAGGCGCAUUUGGCGUACGAUACAGAGGAAGGCUUUGAGGUCGUUUGGAACCAGAUCACAUUCACCACGAAACGACUGACGGCGACAGACCAGGAGCGCUUGAAGCAAAAGUUUACCGACUUUACUCAGCUCAAACAUCUCAAUUUGGUUCGUUUCUUCGACUUUUGGGUGGAUAACGACCAACAGCGUCUUGUGUUUAUUACAGAGUCCAUGACUUCUGGCACCAUUCGCGCAUAUCUCCGCAAGAACAAAAAGAACAACAAGGUUGUGAGCCCCAAGGUGUGGAAGCGCUGGUGUCGGCAAAUUCUCUCUGCACUGCGCUACCUGCACAGCAUGGUUCCUCCAAUCAUCCACGGAAAUGUGAGGUGCGACAGCAUCUUUCUGAUGCACAAUGGCCUUGCCAAGGUCGGCGCCAUUUGCCUGGACGACAUCCGAACGCAUGUUCGAACAGUCGCCGACGCAUCGCAGUACGAAGCUCCCGAGCUCCAGGCCAUGGAGGACGCGGCUGGCAAGGACGGGUACUCGCCAAAGGUCGACGUCUACGCAUUCGGCAUGUGUGUGCUUGAAAUUGCCACCGAAGAGACGCCGUACAGCGAGUGUGCCAACGCGGUUGAGCUCUAUCAGAAGGUCCUUCGCGGCGACAAACCCCAGGCUUUCGAGCGGCUCACGGAUCCAGAUCUCAUCGAGUUCAUUUCUGCCUGUCUUGCGCCGCAAGAGAUUCGCCCAAAUGCCGAAGAAUUGCUCUACCAUCGAUUCUUGCACGAAGUUCCCAUGCUCAAGGUGAUGGCUGCGCACUACAUUCUGCGCACCAACGUGCCGUACUCGCCCAAGCAGCUCCCGAAGCAGCUGAACGAUUUCCUGCGCGAGGUGGCCGACGGCGCCUGGGGAACCCUUGCCAAUAUCAAUCUGAAAGAGUCGCGGCGUGCCCUCAACCUGCUGCAUGGCAUUGCUGAGCCAGAGGGAGAGGGUAUGAUCCGCCUCGGCGUGAGCAUAGUGAUGCCAGAGAACAUGACUCGCGAGCUUGUCUUUUUGUACUCGCUUCAAAAGGACAAGCCAUCCUCCGUCGCUCGCGAAAUGGUCGGGCAAGGCCUUCUCUGCCGAGCAGAUGCCAAGGCCAUGGAGCGACAUCUCCACGAGAGCUUGGUGCGGUACCACGCCCAGGAGGCCGAACGACAACAAGCACCACUUGCACCGCAGCAACCACUCGCACAAGCUCCGACCGGGCCCCUAUAAGGGACGACGACCUGUUGUUUGGGGUUGAUGGUCGUUUGUUUUUGUGAAUACAACAUGUUAGCAUUUUUCGCUUGUUUCAACAAGUAGUUUUUCCCCUUUCAGCUGCUAGAAUGGAUGCAAGAAUAAAGUCAAUUCUGGAA